AUGUCUACUAGCAAUGUCGAAAAUUUAAAUCCAAAUGUGAUUAGGCUGGUAACUAAGGAGCUGUUGGAUUUGCAGAAAAAUCCUCCUGAAGGCAUUCGAGUAACUCUGAAUGAGUCAGAUGUCACCGAUAUCCAUGCCGUCAUUGAAGGGCCCGAAGAAACACCAUAUGAGGGUGGGUCCUUUGAGGUUAAACUGAUAUUAAAUCGGAACUUUCCACAGGAACCACCAAAAGGAUUUUUCCUCACAAAAAUUUUUCAUCCUAAUGUCGCUCAAAAUGGCGAGAUUUGUGUCAAUACAUUGAAAAAAGAUUGGCAGCCCAACUAUGGCAUUAAACAUAUCCUGCUUACCAUUAAGUGUCUUCUAAUAGUUCCAAACCCUGAGUCAGCUCUUAACGAAGAGGCAGGGAAGUUGAUAUUGGAGCAGUAUGAAAACUAUUGCUCGAGAGCUAAACUGUUCACUGAAAUUCAUGCUAGGCCAUCUCUCUCAAAGUGA